CCGUCUCCGCAUAUCCUCUCUCCCCCCUUCCCUUUCCCCUCUAUUUCACCACCCCCAUCCGCCGCAGGACCGCCGAACGCCCGCAUCGCCAUUGGAGAUCGUGCGAGGAGACGAGGACCCUUUCCGCGGGCCUUGAGCGAUGAAGUUCGGCAAGAGCCUGAGCAGCCAGAUCGUGGAGACGCUGCCGGAGUGGCGCGACAAGUUCCUGUCCUACAAGGACCUCAAGAAGCGGCUUAAGCUCAUCGGCCUCGGCGCCGACGGGGAGGAGCGGCAGGCCAAGCGGGCCCGCGUCUCGGAGCCGGCCGGGGACGGCGACGAGACAGCGGCGGCGGCGGCCGCGGCGAUGACGCCUGAGGAGGCGGACUUCAUGCGGCUCCUGGAGGCCGAGCUCGACAAGUUCAAUUCUUUCUUCGUCGAGAAGGAGGAGGAGUACAUCAUCCGCCAGAAGGAGUUGCAGGACAGGGUGGCCAGGGCGGCCGGGAUGGAGUCCAGGGAGGAGUUGCUGCGUGUGCACAAGGAGAUCGUCGACUUCCAUGGCGAGAUGGUGCUGCUUGAGAAUUACAGCGCCCUCAACUACACCGGGCUGGUGAAGAUUCUCAAGAAGUAUGACAAGAGAACUGGGGCUCUGAUCCGUCUGCCUUUCAUCCAAAACGUGUUGCUUCAGCCUUUCUUCACCACUGACCUCCUGUACAAGCUUGUGAAGGAGUGUGAGGCUAUGCUUGACCAGCUCCUGCCAUCAAACAAACCAUCUGUAUCAAUUGAAGAGGGCAAAGAAGAUGGCAACACUGCGGACCAGCCUCUGAACCCCAGUUCUUCCUUGGCUAACAGCAGAUGUAUUCCAGAGCUUGAUGAGAUUGAGUUCAUGGAGAGCAUGUACAUGAAGAGCACGGUCGCGGCGCUUAGGGCUCUGAAAGAGAUCCGAAGCAAAAGCUCGACAGUCAGUGCUUUCUCGUUGCCACCUCUUCAGGGAAACAAUGCACCCGAAGAGCAGGAAAGGUGGACGAAGAUAUCUGUGAUCGAGCAGGCUGCCAAAUGAGAAGACGGACACUGUGACACACGACACCUCUUACUCAGUCAACCUUAAUCUUGAUGUUCGCUGGAGAUGCAACCAGGACCUCACCUGUUUCAUUUCAGUAAUUUGUAAAAUUUGACGAUUCCUAACAGCUGUAAAAUGGUGGAAAUGUUCAGUGUACAUUGUUAAAUCAUAUAAUGCCAUCGAAACCAUCAGAGUGA